AUGACUAGAAACUUUAUUGCAGAAAGAUCAUACACGAAAUUUAAUGACAUAUUGAUAAUACAUAGAAUUUGGCUUUUUUCUGGGUAAUUUGAAAAUGAAGGAAUCCUCGAUUCAAGUAUAUAAGUAUAUGGUUUGAAUCAUAGCUUUCAAAUCAGCAUUCACCAGGAAAAAAUGGAUUUUCUAACCACCAUCUUCUUCUUGAUAGCAUUCCCACUACUCUUUCUUUCUCUAAUCCUCUUUAUUCUCGGUAUCAGAAUCUGCGCCGGCAAAUCCAUAAAAAAUCCCAAGUAUGCCCCAGUGAAGGGCACUGUUUUCAAUCAGCUCUUACACUAUAGCUAUAUCUACGACUACCAAACCCAGAUUACCAAAAAACUGCCCACUUUUAGGUUACUUAGUUUCGGACGUAGUGAAAUAUACACCACCGAUUCGCGAAAUAUAGAACACAUAUUGAAAACAAAUUUUGACAAAUAUGCAAAGGGUAAAUAUCACCAUGAAAAUGUUUCAGAUUAUUGGGGACAAGGGAUUUUUGCGGUGGAUGGAGACAAGUGGCGGCAGCAGCGGAAGCUUGCGAGCUAUGAGUUCUCAACAAGAAAUCUUAGAGAUUUUAGCUGCUCUGUGUUCAAAAGAAAUGCUGCAAAAUUGGUUAGAGCAGUUUCAAAGCUUGCAGUGUCUGGUCAAGUUAUCGAAUUUCAAGAUAUGUUCAUGAAAUGCACUAUGGAAUCGAUGUUUAAAAUUGGGUUUGGAAUAGAUUUGAAUUGCCUGGAUUGGUCAAGUGAGGGGACUUUCUUUAUCAAGGCUUUUGAUGAUGCCAAUGAGUCGUUGGCCUUGCGUUUUGUUGAUCCCAUUUGGAAGCUUAAAAGGUAUCUUAACAUUGGUUCUGAAGCUUCCCUCAAGAAGAACAUCAAAGCCGUUGAUAAUUUUAUUCACAAUAUCAUAAACACCAAGAGGAAACAGUUAGCGAUGAACCCAGACGGGAAUAUAAAAGACGACAUACUUUCAAGAUUUUUAGCGGAGGGUGAAAAGAAUCCAGAAACAAUUACUGAUCAAUAUUUAAGAGAUAUAAUCUUGAGUUUCUUGUUCGCCGGCAAGGAUACUAGUGCAAAUACUUUGAGCUGGUUCUUCUACGUGCUCUGCAAGAAUCCCUUGAUACAAGAAAAGGUUGCACAAGAAGUGAUGGACAUCACUUGUAGCAAAGGAAAUGAUGCUAAUUGUGAUGAUUUCAUUACAAACAUAACUGAAGCAACUCUGGACAAAAUGCAUUAUCUUCAUGCAACAUUAACAGAGACCUUAAGGCUGUACCCUGUUGCUCCUGCGGACGGAAGGAACGCACAAGUGGAUGACAUUCUUCCCGAUGGGUACAAAGUCAAGAAGGGAGAUGAUGUGAUCUAUCUGUCCUAUGCCAUGGGUAGAAUGACUUACAUUUGGGGAGAGGAUGCUGAGAUUUUUCGACCAGAAAGAUGGCUCAAGGACGGAGUGUUUCAAUCCGAAUCGCCUUUCAAAUUCAUAUCAUUUCAUGCGGGUCCUCGAAUUUGUUUAGGCAAAGAAUUUGCUUACCGACAAAUGAAGAUAUUGGCAAUUGCGCUAAUUCGUUACUUCCGCUUCAAAUUAGCUGAUGAUACGAAAGAUGCAACUUAUAGAGUAACAUUCACUCUUCACAUGAAAGGAGGCCUUCAUCUUUAUGCCGUUCCUAGAAUAACUUAACCAACUUCACAAACAUGAAAAAUAAAUUGUUCGUAGGAAAAUGUUCAAACACUUGAUGGUUGCAAUAAGAUUAGUUUCAAGUUUGUGUAGCAUAAAAACUGGAUUAUUUAAAUUCUAGUGGAGCUUGAUUUGCUUCUUUAGUGAUAUGUUGAAUUUGUAAUA